GGGGGGACCCUCGGGUGUCAGAGGGGUGCCAGAGGGUGCCCCGCGGGCUGCCGAGGACAGACGGGAUUGAAGAACGAUUUUAUCUAACGCGGUGUUGUUUCGGUGGUAAAAGGAAUCCUUUCGUAGGUUCCAGUACGCGGGGUCACAGGGCUAAAGCAGUGCUGGUGCGUAACAGUGUGCCUCACGUACGCUGCCUGCAGCAGGAGGUUUCUAAAUACUUUCUGUUAAAGGCCUGAGCCGCAUAAUUAUUUCCUGCAGAAAUCACGGGGGCAGUAAUUGCCUGGACCCUUCUUUUCCUGUUGUGCGGAGACCUGUUAAUAGGAUUCUUCUCUCAGAAGGAAAGGUCUCCUUAGCAGCCUUUAAUGCCGAGAGCGAAGCGGCGUCAGGUAGGAGUGAAUGUGUUUCAGGGGAGAGCAUUCUGAGGAAUUCCACGCUCAACUCCAUAGCGCUCUGUGCUGAAAAAUGUUCCCGAGGUGAUGUUUUUGAGAAGGAGAAGCAUCUCCGAAUGGCUUGCCAGGGCACUUCUAAGACCCAGAAGCAGUGUGGUCCAUGAGGGUGCUCUACCACCUACCAGCUGAGGAGAACAAUAACAUCGUUGUUUGACUUUUUGCUUCCAGAGCUCAGGAAACAUCUUUCCAAAUAGGAAUGACGAAUAGGAUGGAUGUGACAUUGCCGACUUGUACGUAGGCUGAGCAGACACGCAAGAUCAGAGCCAUGGCAAGAAUGGGAGCAGAGGGUACCAGAGUGGAGAAGAAAGUUCUCUGGCCUAUCUGGCACUUCUCUGCUGUCCAGGAGGAAAGGCUGCAGGUAGCUCAGACGAGAGGCUGCCAGGGAGGAGGGAACGUGCUGUGAGCUGCCAUCUCCUCCUGCGUCCUGCUGCAGGCACGACUCGGCGCUUGCUGCUGCUUUUUCCAAGCCAGGUGGUCACACCUUCAGCUUCUAAGGAUCCUCUGAAUAUUAUUGGAAUGUGACUGCGGUGCAAAAUGUACUUUUUCAACAGCUCAGCUGUGGACAUCUAAUCAGACCGUUUCCUGGAAAGGCUUCAACAUGGCUCUGUCUGGGAAUGAGAUAGAAAGAUGGACUCAUGGGCAAGGCAGCCAAAUUGGAGAGCUGGUGGAGCCCGCAGCCUCCCCUGACAGCAGUCGGCUGUCGCCAGUGACAUCCCUUGGCAGCUCGGACCAUCUCCUGCACCUCCCUGGAAGAGCAGACUCUGCUUACAGCUCUUUCUCAGGGGGAUCAAACGUUCCAGAGUAUCCCACCCCAUCGUGCUAUGGUGAACACUGCUCUUUGCCUCCCGAGCAGGUACCGUACAUGGACUCAGAGUAUGUAAGAGGCAUUUAUAAUCUCAGCGCAGCGAACUCUGAUCUCAGAUGGCUGCAUCCACACAAGGCACCAGACCCGAGCAUCCGUGGCAUCUCUCACAGCGCUGGGCUCGCGGGGGGGCUGUGGAAGCACUCCUUCCCCCGGGGCUUCCAGCCAGGGACCGCUGCCCCUGGCUGCACCGCCACCCUCUCCUCCUGUGCGACUCGACAGCUUCAGGGUCGCCAGACACCUUGAGAACACGAGAGGGAGACGUGACUCUGGAAGUCUCAGCGAGGGCAGUGCGCAGCCAGCUCACGCGGACGUGUCGCGGAGCCAGAACAGGGAUGAAAUCCCUGAGCCAGACGCAGCGGCAGCCGGGAGAAAGACUGUGGAACACAAAGGCUGGUGGUCUGCUGGUUGUACAGACGGGGUGUCUGUAUCAAAAGGUCAGGGGCUAAGGACAGAAGAAAAUGCAGAGAGGAGCCCAGGCCAAAAACCUGUGAAGAGAAGUAAUCCCCAUGUUUUCAGCAGGCCGUCUUCAUUCAUUUUUCAAGAAUAUUUAAGGACUGACUCUGUGGCUAAUGUCUCUAAAAUUUUUUCUGCUUAUAAUUCAGCUCAUGCUCAUAAAAUUCCUGACGAGAUGAACUCCAAGCCCUAUCCUUCAGGGCAUGCCAGCCCUCGCACAGUUAAUGAUACACAAGAAGACAAACAGUACCCCUGCAGCGUGCGCAAGCCAACUUUCAGAGAAGCAGAUCUGCGAAGCGCGGUGCCAGAACCCAGCCGGUGGAAAGGGUCCUUGCUCUGCGCUCAGUGCCCGCUCCGCGCCGAGCUGCGUUCAGACUUGGGUCGGGAUGUGUUUGAGGACGUUUGUGACUUAAAAUACAUGGAGAAUGCUCUUCUAACUAAAAGUGCAUCCAGGAAGCUGAACAGUUGUAGAGAUGAAAAUCAGUGCUAUAACUACAAAGGAGAGAUCGGGAGCGGUGCUGGGGAGCCACUCCUGAAUCCCCAAGCCAAAACACAGAAACCAUCGGUGUCCUGCAGCUACCAUGCUGCAGAGUCAGCUGGUGCCGACCAAACAGCUUUGCUCAGACCAAAGGAGGAUUCCACAUCACAAUUUUUAAAUGAAGUCAGGAAAGAAAAACAAGCCAAUAACAGCAGUCCUGAGCUCAGCAUGCACCUAGAGCAAGAGGAAGCUCCUGCUCCCUAUCAGAAAUAUCAGCCUGAACUUCAAAAACAGCUCUCGAGAGAGCUGCGGGACGAUCUUGCUGGUGAACAAAUAAGCAGACGGACGACUCCCAUGCUUUACUACCUUUCUGGGGGAAAAGCCACCAACAUCCUGCACCACCACAAGCUCGCCCAAUGUCGAGAGGGCUCAAGGAGCUCACCAGAGGAAUUUCCAACGAGCAGCCAGGCUCCCUCGGUGCGGAGUGUAGAGAUACAGAGGGAAAGCAGCCAGCGCCAGCCAGCCAGCCAGCACCACCAGCGUGCCGAUGACGGUCUGAACGAGACUGAAGAUCUCGUUCUCGGGAGUCCUGCUUCAUCCAUGGAUGAGAGUUUCAAGAAUGACUACAGAGAGAAACUUAAAGUGGCUCAGAAAAAGGUUCUGAGAGAAACCUCCUUUAAAAGAAAAGACUUACAGAUGAGUUUGCCUGUUAGACUAAGACAGAAGCCCUCCAAGAGGCCUUCAAUCAAACACCUGAGAUCUUUCUCAUUAUCCGGCGCACAUGAGGAAGCCAAACUUGCUCCUUGUUCCCCCUCUCAUCUAGAAUCCUUAGAAAGUUUCAAAAGAGAUGGAGAAAUAAAGAGGCCACAAAGGGGUCAAACAGGGGGAAGGAAAAGGGAAACAAAAGAGGAAAAGAAACUGUGUUAUUCUGAGCCUGAGAAACUCGAUCAGCUCGCAGACAAGGAAGUCCCGUGGAACCAGGUCAUGGGUGAAAGGACUGAGCCGGACACAGAGGCAGCCAGGAGAAAGACCCUGGAAAACAGAGGGAGGGCACUUUCCAGCUCAAGUAUCUCCCGGACGGAGCUGAAACAAAUCCAGCACACCGCGCUUGUUGAAUACAUGGAACGAAAGAUUAGCCAAAGACCAGGAGGCGCGCAGCACGUCCCGCUGCAUAAGCCGCCCCUGCAGAAGAGGCCUUCGCUUCCUAAAUGGCCUCCUGGCAAGGCUUCCAACCCCAGUGGGAGCAGGAAGAUGCAAAGCGAUGAGGUUUUCUGCCAAGCGUUCUCUGAAGAACCACCACCAGAUGUUUUCCUCCCUCCGAGCGUGGCCAGCAGAUGCGGCCCCGGCUCUGCUGCUGGGCCGGUGUCCUCGGAGCCCAGCCCCUGUCCUGCAGCCGUGGGGAGCCGCGGCCCUGAGCAGGCACCGGCCGAAAGCCUCCCUGGGGCUGGUGCUCCUGCUGCUGCCCCGGCUGCCGAGAGGCCCGAGUCAACGCCUCCUGCCGCCCAGGGCGCGGACAGAUGGGCCAGCGGGGCCGUGUCACCGUCUCAGCCUCGUGAGAGCUGCCUCGGCAUCCCCAGUUUCCACGAUCAAUGUGGAAGAUGGAUGCCAGAAUCACAAACAAGACAGUGGAGACUGUGGUCUGCUGAGGACCAGCGAUACGAAGAACUUGCGAUGGAGAUCGUUGCCAAAGACAGUUCUCUGGUUGAUAUUCUCAUGCCUUACCCGGUGUUUAUUUUCUGUACAAAAAGCAGGAAAAGCAAUGGAGAUGUGCCAGAAGAAUGUUCUGAACCCGAACUCAAUGCCAAGCAAAGGAGUGACAGUCCCAUUUGUAAGGGAAACCAGACCCCAAACCGGAGUGGAGAUGACACAAAGGACCUAGAUGACAUCACGUGUAAGAAACUGGAACUCAUCUCCAGCCUGCGCUCCAAGCUGCAGGCGCUGUGGGAGGACAGGGAGCUCGUCCUCUCGGAAGCCAGCGACUGCGCCGCGCGUGGCAAGGAGCUGGAGGCCACGGUGCACGACGUCUGCAAGCCCAACGAGUUUGAGCGCUACCUGAUGUUCAUCGGUGACCUGGAGAAGGUGGUGAGCCUGCUGCUCUGCUUGUCCAGCCGCCUCGCCCGGGUCCAAAACGCCAUGAGGAAGAUCGACGGCAAUACAGAUGCCGAGGAGAAGCAAUCGCUGAACGAACGGCACAAGCUCUUGUCUAGACCGGAAGAUGCAAAAGACCUAAAAGAGAACCUGGAUCGCAGGGGCAGAGUGGUCUCUGGCAUCCUUGCCAAAUACCUGACGGAGCAGCAGCUCCAGGACUACAGGCGCUUUGUGCAGGAGAAGACCUCCUUGCUGAUCGAACAGAAGGACCUCGAAGAGCAGAUCAAAUUUUUCGAAGAACAGUUAGAAAAUCUCAAGGAGAGCAUCCCCCUCUAACACCCUAACGGACCGUCCGUUUUGUACCCGUAAUUUGCGACGUUUUCCUGGGAAUCCGUGCGCGCUGACCGCCCUGGGCUCACGCUGAUGACCUGUGCGAUGCUGUUAGUGCCCCAGGACCGACAAGUGCUUAGAGGCUCGAGGCACGCUCUGGACACGCUUCCCCCCUGGACGGGCCAACUGACAAAUCCUGCAGUGUGUAGCAGGCUGCGUUCUGAAAUGACUGCUAGGAUGUCUUAUUCCUCUAAAUUUGUCAUGUAUUUCCCCUUGUCGUCUGUCCGUCUGUUUUCCAGAUUGACGUAACUGCAAUAAAAGAGCAGCACAAGUUUG